AUGGACAGCAGGAUCCGCGUCUCCAAGGUCGACAAUGUCACUUGUUGGCGGGUUGGCCGCGGCAUCGAAGGGACAGUUCACCUUCAGCUCCAUCACUUCGUUUUCAAAUACCAUGACCCAACCCCGCCUGCCAACGGCUCCUCAGCCGCACCGGCACCGACUCAGCGGCCACGGGAGAUGUGGGUUGCGUAUCCUUUGAUAUCGCGCUGUUCAUACAAACCAUCGCCAUCGAUGCUCUCCCCGCCUACCAUCCGCGUGCAGUGCCGCGACUUUACCUUCUUUAGCCUCCACUUCCGCAAAGAAACGGACGCGCGCGAUGUGUACGAUACCAUAAGGUGCCUGACUUGCAAGGUCGCGAACGUGGAGAAGCUCUAUGCGUUCUCCUUUCGGUCGCCGGAGCCUGAGAGAGCCAUCGGCGGCUGGAAGAUCUACGACCCAAGGCGGGAGUUCAAGCGUAUGGGCAUCAGCGCAAAGGAUACGGAUAAAGGAUGGAGGAUAACAGAAAUCAACAACGACUACCAGGCAAGAGAAUCUAAACGGCAUAUGACGGUGCUGGCGAACUGA